UCGGACAGCUCCGGUUUGAACCGCGCCUGGAGCAGCUGAGUGAGUUGUAGCGGGGCCGCGGCCGCACAAAGGGGCUAUUGUUGUAUGCAUAUGCCCCUCGGUGGAGUAGUUGCUCUUUAAAGCUGCUCCAAUCGCUGCGCAUAGCUCGAGCCACGGAGGGCGGGGUUUGGACACCCCCCCUCCCCCGUAGCUCACACGGUCCCAUUGACGAGACGGUGAGGAACCGAGCGGCGGACUUCUAGGAGCUGCUGGCAGACCCGGGUGCGAGAGGGGUCGGAGGAGGCCCGGGUGUGAAUCACGCGCGGCUCCGGGAGGUCACGGUGUGGACAGGUAUGAGACCUGUGGCCCGUUACCGGGUGAAGGAGAUGCUAAGACCUUGAUUCACCAGACUACCCACAGGCCCGGCCCACUUCAGCCCCUCAUGGAUGGAUCCCGCCGGAGCUGCGCUCAUGGACUACAAAGCCAGUGUGCGUCCGCACCGAUCCGGGAGCCCCUCCGCCCUCUCCUCCUGACACCGCCGCUCCACCCGGGCAGACCAUGAGGGUGGCCGCUCGGUGAAUCGGCCCCUUCUCUCGGGUUCGAGGUUUUCUACGUGUGUUUAUUUAUCUGAGAUUCCUUUGUGUCAAAGGGCUGACCACAGCGUGCGCAGAGGGCGGCGGAGUGGCGACGCGGGGGCUCUGUGGUCGCGCGCAUCUGCUGUCUUUGUGGCCGGGUCGAGAUGGCAGGCGGCCGGCCGGAGGCGCAGGACCACCCGCCGGAGAACGGCUUCACCCCGCUGGAGCGUCCCGCGCCCCGGCUGCUGCAGCACAUCGACGGUUGCGUGCUGCCGGCUCUGGGGGGGUUCGGGAAGCACCAGAAGCAGCUGGUGGUCCUGACCUGGAUCCCGGCGUUGUUCAUCGGCUGUAGCCAGUUCUCUGAUUACUUCUUGCUGGCGCAGCCGCACGGCACGUGCGUACAACCUCUGGGCAACGACAGCAACUGGACUGGGUCGCCGCUGCAGCCGGAGUGGACCAGCGGAGCGGCCGCGCCGCAGCUCAAGGGCAACGGCACCGGGGAGGGGUUCGGCGACGGCAACGGCAUGCUGUGUGCCUGCGAGGAGCGGAGGCUGGAGCUGCAGACGGGACUCACUCAGAAUGUGGUUACCAAGUGGAACCUGGUGUGCGACUCGGCCUGGAAGGUCCACAUAGCCAAGUUCUCCCUCCUCGUGGGCUCCAUCUUUGGCUAUCUAGUGAUGGGCGUCAUGGCCGACUGGUUUGGUCGACACCCCGUCCUGAUCCUCUCGGUGCUUUUCAUGCUGGUCUUCGGUCUGAGCGUCGCCUUCUCUGUAAAUGUCACCAUGUUCAGCACCUUGCGUUUCUUUGAGGGUUUCUGCUUGGCGGGCCUCGCUCUUUCCCUCUACGUACUCCGAAUCGAGCUCUGCCUGCCAGGCUGGCGCUUCUCCAUGACCAUGGUGGCCAGCUUUCUCAAGGUGGGCGGGCAGCUCCUGAUGCCAGCCGCGGCCGCUCUGUGCCGCUAUUGGCCGAACGGGGAUGACUGGCAGGUGCUGCAGAUUGCCAUCAUCAGCCCUUUCGUUCUGAUGCUUCCCUACGUCUGGAUUUUUCCAGAGUCGCUACGCUGGUUGCUGGCCACCCAGCACUACAAGCGCUCCAAAGCCAUGAUGCUGCGCAUCGCCAGGAAGAACCAGGUUGACAUGACAACGGAACGCAGUGAAGUUCUGGCAGAGCUGGAGCAGGAGCUGCACAGGAAGCCCCAGAGGACCUGCAUUGUGAAGAUGAUGAGCACCAGAAACCUGUGGAAGAACAUCGUGGUGCUGUGUGUCAACUCGCUGACGGGGUACGGGAUUCACCACUGCUUCGCCCGCAGCAUGCUGGACCCAGAGGCCCAGCCCACGGCUUUGUGCCACGCCGACUAUUACACCAUGGCUGGCAUCGCCUUGGCAACCUGUCUGGCUCUUUGUCCCGCCGUGGGGUUGAUGGGUAGGCGUGGGGGGCUCCUCACCUUCAUGAUCAUAACGGCUCUGGCAUCGCUGCUGCAGCUGGGACUGCUCAACUUGAUUGGGAAGUACAGCCUUCGCCACGACACAGUGUUGCGAGACACACUGAACAGGAAAUUCUCCGUGGCCUUCUCCGUCAUCGGCAUGUUCUCGUCUCACGCCGUCAGCACGCUCAGCAUCUUCUUUUGUGCUGAAAUCACGCCGACGGUCAUCAGGGGCGGAGGUCUGGGUCUGGUCCUGGCUAGCGCCGGCUUCGGGAUGCUCACCGCCCCCAUCAUGGAGCUCCACAACCAGAAGGGCUACUUCCUGCAUCACGUGAUCUUCGCCUGCUGCACGCUGCUGUGCAUCAUCUGCUUGCUGCUGCUGCCGGAGCCGCGGGGUCAGCCUCUGCCCGAGAGCUUGGCCGACGGAGAGACCUUUACCCGGAGGCCCCUGCUCCAUCCGGGAGAACAGCACCUCCUUCUGGCCAAAUGUGACAGGGACUACUCGCGAGUCCACGACACGCCGUUACACCUCACUGCCACAGGGGGCGCCACGGUCGCAGUGGCCACCGCUCUGGCAGCAGUGCCUGCCUCCUACGCCCUAGCAACAGGUGGCGAGGUGAUUGGAAAUCACGCCAUGGCCAAUGGGGUAUGAGCGUCUCAGCAACGGUCUGUGCAAAUAACUGCUGAUUAACCACAGAAUGCAGCUUUUGAACAAAUCUUUGAAGGGAAUAAAAGAUGAACUCUAGUGAGGACGGAGAUGAUGACAAUGAUAGAAAAUUUGCAUUGUUUGUGGUGACAAUGAUUCGUUCAGGAGUUAUCCCAAAAACAUUGUAUGAACCAAGUCGAUGUGCAGGACUUGGUGACGUCCUCGUGCUCGGUCGAGUGUUUCAGAGGAAAACUGUUUCUGACGUGAUUUCACUGCAUCUUAGAAGUUCGUUUGCACUAAUUAUGAAAGACACAAUCAAGUGUUUGUGAAUUUCGGCCAACGCGGCUCAUCCAGCACAAAUACUUUCUUGCAUGAAAGGGCAAAAAAAAAGUUUUAUUUUUCUCCCUCGUUUGUAGUUUCUGAGAAAAGUCCGAUGUGGCACUUUAUCCUGGGAGACGAGGUCGGCGUAGACGCUGACUUUAGGCAGGCGCCGUUAUAUGAUGGUUGUGUGUGAAGAACAACCGGAGACCACGGCAGACCGUAGCCUUCACAGAACAAACCAUAAACAAGCCUGAGAGCGGAAUGGACAUUUGGACGUGAUGUCUUAUGAUGCGCCUCAGCAUCCUGGUGGCUUUAUCGUGAUGGUUCUGAGAAGACCCAAUGAAGAUGAAGAGAUCCAGUAGUUAUUUUGUAUCGCCGCCGAAGGGCAAUUUUGUCGCUUCAGUUUCCGUCUUGUUGAGCAAAUAUUUUCACUCCGGUUCUCACCGCUCGUCCUCUUCUGUGGCGUUUCCGAGCCACUCAGAUAAAAUACAAGAAUUAGGUUUCAUUUCUGAGUUUUAAAUGACUUAAAACUCCAGAAAAGUCAGAAUAGUUCAGAUGCAGGUCACGUUUGCGCCUAAUCGUCGUUAUUAAAACCUAAUCUAAAGGACUGAGUCACCCAUGGCCGUGCGCCAAAGCUAGCUUAGCUUUUGAUUUCACUCCAUCCAUCCACCCAUUUUCAGCUGCUUAUCCAGACUUCCCUCUCCCCAGUCACUUGGACCAGCUCUUCCGGGGGAAUCCCAAGGUGUUCCCUGGCCAGCCCAGAGACAUAGGGUGUUUCUCAAUGUGAAGGCGCCUUGCCUUGUGAGGCGAUGUCUUUAAAUAAGCUGACUUACUUUUAAACUUGAAAAUUGUCCCCGAAGUAGCUGCCGGCUUCUGUUUCGCCGUCUUUUUGACAAUACCGCGGUGUAUUGUGGGUAAUUUUUGACCAAGGCUAGGCUAUAAGACACCUCCGGUGUAUCCUUGCUCAGCUAGCUAAACGGCUAACAAACGGAGAACACACACCUCGGUAGAACAUGAACACUGGAACACGUCAUGGCGGCUCCCGAUGACGUAUCUCCUAGACAACCGGGGCGGGGCCACGACAUCAAAGCAAGGUUCCUUGACAUUGAGAAACACCCAUAGUCCCUCCAACGUGUCCUGGGUCUUCCCUUGGGACUCCUCCCAGUUGGACUUGCCUGGAAACAUCACUAGGGAGGCGUCCAGGAGGCAUCCUGAUCAGAUGCCCGAGCCACCUCAACUGGCUCCUCUCGAUGUGGAGGAGCAGCGGGUCUACUCCAAGCCCCUCCCGGAUGACCGAGCUUCUCACCCUAUCUCUAAGGGAGAGCCCAGCCACUCUUCGGAGAAGACUCAUUUCGGUCGCUUGUAUCCGCGACCUCGUUCUUUCGGUCACUACCCAAAGCUCAAAAUAAACGUAUUCUUUAAAUACUAUUCUGACUUUUCUCUCUACAAUGACUUUAAUCUGAAAAUAGAAUUUCAUCUCAACAUUUUUACUUGAAUUUCAAAACUAGGAUAGAUUUUCCAACGCCGUCGUAUUUCUCUGUACCGUAGUACCGUCGUAAUCCCACCUGUUGGAAGUGACUCCAGACAGAAAUGGCAACAUUUCCUCGUUUUCGGGAGCAAACAAACGUCUGAGGAUUAGAUGCUAGCAGCGUAGACCUGGCAUAGCCGUGACUGUGUAGGUUAUGUAAUUAUCCCGUAGGACUGCAUUAAAACGUAAGGUGUGUGUACUCGUGAGGACCAUUAUCUCCAUUGCCCGUGAAGCACAUCUACCAGAGAAUCCAUCCCAUUAAUAGAAAAGUAUAGAACUGGUCCGAGCUAGUUUUAAACCCUCUUUAGCACACAGAUUUAAAUACACUGUAUGGUUCCUAGUUUGUAUGUGAAACGGAAACAACCACUAACGCCGUUUUCUAAGUGUUGUUUUUUAAUAAGAUGAUGCAUUUGUACAAAAGGCCAUAGGCCUACAUGUUUUGAUAAUAAACCGUUUAAUUUAUUAUGUCAAUAAAAGAACACUGGAUGUGA